UUUCAGGAGCGGCUUGGGGAGAACGGGAGUCUAUUAAGCGCAUGCGCGCUUCCUCCUCCAUCCUCUGAUUCUUCUCGAGACCCGAAGGAGGCCCAGGUAGGAGCUUCUCCGUGCCUCUUUCUCUCUUACGGAGGCGGGGACGUGUAAUAGCUUGGCCUGCUGCCAACAGAUCACGUGGCCCAAGUUGUCCCCUUUGUAUGUGCAGCAACUGGAGCAGGUUGCUCCAACCACUGUUAUGAGGUAAUACUGAAAGAUUAUGUCCACUAUGGUGUACCCCAGGGAGGAGAAAAUGGACAAGCUAAGCCAAGAAGAGAUUAUCUCCAACACUAAGCUGGUGAUGCAAGGGCUGGAGGCCCUUAAAAAUGAGCAUAACUCGAUCUUGCACAGCCUACUGGAGACUAUCAAGUGUCUGAAGAAGGAUGAAGAAGCCAAUCUAGUACAUGAGAAAGCCAACCUGCUGCGCAAGUCAGUGGAGAUGAUUGAGCUGGGACUUGGAGAAGCUCAGGUCAUGAUGGCUUUGUCAAACCAUCUGAAUGCUGUGGAGUCCGAAAAGCAGAAAUUACGGGCCCAGGUGCGCAGGCUAUGCCAGGAGAACCAGUGGCUACGAGAUGAACUAGCAAACACUCAGCAGAAGUUGCAGCGCAGUGAACAAACUGUGGCACAGCUUGAAGAAGAAAAAAAGCAUUUGGAAUUCAUGAACCAGCUGAAGAAAUACGAUGAAGAUGUAUCCCCAUCGGAGGAGAAGGAAGGUGAUUCCACAAAGGAUUCUUUGGAUGACUUGUUUCCAAAUGAGGAAGAAGAUCAGGGACAAGGAUUGCCUCAUCAACACAGCAGUGCUGUAGCAGCUGCUCAGCAAGGUGGUUAUGAGAUCCCGGCACGCUUGCGUACACUACACAAUCUGGUGAUCCAGUAUGCAUCACAGGGACGCUACGAAGUGGCUGUGCCUCUUUGCAAGCAGGCCCUGGAGGACUUGGAGAAGACUUCAGGACACGAUCACCCUGAUGUGGCCACCAUGCUCAACAUCUUGGCCUUAGUAUAUAGGGAUCAAAAUAAAUAUAAAGAAGCAGCUCACCUGUUAAAUGACGCAUUGUCUAUUAGAGAGAAAACUCUUGGCAAAGAUCACCCCGCGGUUGCUGCAACCCUAAAUAAUCUAGCUGUUCUGUAUGGCAAAAGAGGGAAAUAUAAAGAGGCAGAACCAUUAUGCAAGCGGGCCCUGGAAAUCCGGGAAAAGGUUCUAGGCAAAGAUCACCCAGAUGUGGCCAAACAGUUAAAUAACUUGGCUUUACUAUGCCAGAAUCAGGGCAAGUAUGAAGAAGUAGAAUAUUACUAUCGUCGAGCGCUGGAGAUCUACGAAUCCCGCCUAGGGCCUGAUGAUCCAAAUGUUGCUAAAACAAAGAACAAUCUGGCCUCCUGCUACCUGAAACAAGCCAAAUACAAGGAUGCCGAGACCCUGUACAAGGAAAUUCUCACCCGUGCCCAUGUGAAGGAAUUUGGCACUGUUGAUGAUGAACACAAGCCUAUAUGGAUGCAUGCAGAAGAAAGGGAGAAAAUGAGCAAGAGUAAACAUGGAGAAAACAUCCCCUAUGCAGAAUAUGGUGGCUGGUACAAGGCCUGCAAGGUCAGCAGCCCUACAGUGAACACCACUCUGCGGAACCUGGGUGCGUUAUACAGGCGUCAAGGCAAACUGGAGGCUGCGGAAACUUUAGAAGAGUGUGCACUGCGUUCUAGGAGACAGGGUAUUGACCCCAUUAACCAGACUAAAGUUGUGGAAAUUCUCAAAGAGGGCGAUGGCUCUGAGAGGAGGAGGAGCCGAGACAGCCUGGGGGGCAGCAUCAAAUAUGAGAAUAUCACAGAUGGUAAUGAGGAAGCUUAAAUGCCUCCUGAGACUUCUCCCCCCUCCCUUCCAACACAAUCACCUGGAUGCUUGUGCAGCUUCUUUGGACUUUUUCUUCCAAACCAUUCCCCUCCUUCCACUGUUCCUGCUUUCCUCAUCAAGGACUCCACACCCAUCCCAAACCAACCUUUCAUCCAAAGUGAGCACCAAGGAACACAGCAGAAGAAUAUUCAACUGGCUGCACACGGCUCUACUACAGCACCAAUCAGCAAGAGAACAGGAAGAAACUCUACAAGAUGGCCUCUCCCCACUUCCUUUGUCUGCCAGAACAGGACUUUUCCAGGAUUCCCUGUGGCUUCCUUUGUUCUCUUUUCUGUACCUUAACCAGGGAAGAGGUUGAUGUUUGAGAGUGACCUUGUUCCCUACUCUGGGGACACUACAUUCACAUUUGCCCAUCUUCCUAUAACUUGCCUUCCCCUUUUGCUGCCUUCAUUUGAACAAUAUGCCCCUUCCUGAUCUUUCAUGCUGCUUCCGUUUUCUUCCUCCUUCUUCAAUGGCACAAAGUACAUAAUUAAGAGAUAGAAACAAACACCCUAAUAUCUCCCCCCCAUCUUUAAAUUGUAGAUAAGGAUGAAUGGGCUGAAUAAAUCAUGCUCUUAAUUGAUGGCAACAUGGUUUGAAAGCUCACUGCUGCUAUUGUACAAGGCUGGUUUCUACCUUAAGCAGUAUUUAAGUCCAGAGGCCCAUAAAGAAAGACACAGAAACAAUUCAUCUGUGUUCUCUGGUAUCCGAGGCCCUUUAGCUUCAGGAUAUAAAAGGAUUAGAGACAAAAGCUUGAGCUGUGCAUUCUCUCUAAAUCAUGCUUUCCCAAAAAUGAAAAUAGGAUAAACAAAGGCAUUAGAAAUAGAAAGACAACAGCAGAAGGCGUUAUUCAGAGAGCUAACAUUAAGUCAUUGACUGAUUAAUCCCAGUCGGCAUUUGCUUUGCCUGUUACACUUCAGAAUGCUAGCAUUUCACAAGAAAAUGCUUCUCUAAAAUCACAACCUUGGGAAUAAUUUUCUCCCACAGUUCCUUUCUCACAGAAGGAAUAGUAAUUGCUGAAAAAGAUGGCGAGACUGCCACUUUUUCCUUACUGUUCUGCCCACAGAGCAAGAGGGGUGGGAUAGUUGAUGGAGUUUCAUCUCCAAAUUUAUUCUCAUUAAUGUAAAUUUUUAACAAUGCAUUGCAUGUGUGGCCCCAGCCAAAUGCCACAAAGCAAGCAUAUAGAAGAUUGGUGUGUUAAGUGAUAAUGUAGCACUAUAGCUCUGCUUAUUUAGAAGCAUGUCAAGUGAGCAGAAAAGAAAAUAGGAAUUUGCACGCCCUGUAAGAGAAUGAUGAAGCAAGGAGUCUUGCAUGCAAGAACAAGGAGCAGAGACAAUAGAAGGCAGAAGUUUUAAAGUGGGAAUAGGUUGGCCCACUGAGAUUGAGCUCUGGAGGAAUUUUACAGAUGAAGACAAGGCUCUAGUAGAAAUGGAUUUUCAGUAGAUAGCGCCUCCCUAUUUGUGUUUUCUUACAAAUAAACGCAACUACAUUUAAUUCUGUUUCCUCCCAGAUGUCUGGGAUUACCACCAUGUAGAAGUUGUCUUUGGAUGAGCAUGUUGCCAUAGAGUGAGCUAAGACAGGUUCUGGGCAGAGGAGGAAAGGCUGAUUCCCUCAGGAAUUAGGCUAUAAUAUUUUUAUAGAGUGGGGAUAUGACUCCAAAAUACAAACAGGAUACAUUGACUUAAAAUUGUUGAGAAAGGGAGAAAAAAAACCUGACGAUAUUCCAAUCUGAACAAAGUAGUGACAUGUUCUAUAUAGCAAAGUAGGAAAGCAACCAUUUUAGAGAUCUGGGGAUAUAUUGAAAGAAGCCUUCUUUUUCACCCAGAGAAAACUGGAUGUUAAGAUUUUUAGGCUAUGAAUCUAGUUUCUAAGAUAGUGAGUUUCUUUAUUAUUUACACUGGUGCUAAAAUGCGUGUGGGGGUUUCAUUUCUGAGAGAUAGCCUGAUGCUUUAAUCUACCUCCAGGGCAAGCAUAUGUGAAGGAAGAUUUUUUUCAGCCUGUCUGUGGAUCAUACUGUAGUUUUAGGCUGUGUGUAUGUAACAGGGGAGGGAUUAAUGUAGGUUAAUAUCUUUGUGAAUACAGCUGGUUUCUGAAAGUAAGAAAAGAUUAGUUAAGUUUACAAAUUAGACUAGGCAUUAGAUAAGACAUAGUUUUUGAAGCUGUGAGUGCUGGAAAAUGGAACUGAAUAAUAAAAAGUAUGGCAUGAUGAUUUUGUGUGGCUUUUUGAAGUACCCAUGCCUGCCUCCUGCUGGAGGAGCAACAAACCAGACCAUUCAACCCAGGAGGAUUGUACUCAGGCGGAGUUUUGAAAUAUUUUUUAUGCAGCUCCUUUGGGAAGUCUUGUGGAGCUGUGGUGAAACCUUUGCUUUUGGCUAUGUCCUUCGGGAAAGAAGUAUACCUGAAUCAGGGCAGCUUCUGUCUUACCCUAUGGCUGAGGUGGGCAAUAUUUGUGAUCUGUUACUAAAAACCUUCCCCUACUUUCAUUGGCUGUUAUGACUCUGCCUCGCCCAAGAAGGAAAGGUAACUGAUGAUCCAGUGAAGAAGCCCCUGGAGCUGAACCCAGAUGCUGCUCUUGCAUCUUCCUCAUAAAAUGUGACCAGCUCUCUCAUUCCCGCUUGACUUUCUCUGUUGCAAUGGCCUAUCUGCAAGUCUUUUUACCGCGCUGUCUAGGAGAGGCUGAAAUUCUGUGUUCUACUCUCUGCCUUUGAGAUCUACAUGGUACUUUCCUUGUCGCUGUGAACUCAUUCACCUCUAAUUAAAGGCAGAAGGACCUGAACCUUUGCUUCCUUGUGCCUCUUUUCCAUACGCUGUCUGUUUUUAUUUAAACCAAUUUAUUUUCAUCAAACAUAAAUAUUUACAUUACUGUACACUACAAACAAUCUGGGUGUUUUUCUUUUUUUGUUCACUAGAAGGUCAGUAAACAGGUGUGCAUGUGUGUUUGUAUUUAAAAUAUGAAUGCUUUGUAUGGCAAUGGUGCAGAGAGAUGAACCUCCUUUAGAAGAGAGUCAUUUCUUAUAUAGAGUAGCUUGGAAUUUAAUAACUCUCUAAACUGAAAGGAAACACAGAAAGUUUUAAAAAGAUGUGUUUUUGGAAAGCUGUAUCUGUAGGAUGUUUUUAGGGUCUGAGAUUCUAGUCUUCUAGGAGAAAAUGACACUGAACAGCACUUCAAGAAACAAUAACAUAAAUCAUGUCCCUUUUCUACAUAUCCAUCUCCCCUUCCUAAAGUCCAGAUAUGUUGGACUUUGCACUUCCAGAUACUUAGGCACUCUGUGAUUCUGCUUGCUACAGCUUGUGAAAGUUUAUAUCCAAUACAUUUGAAGGGUAUCAGAUUCAGGAGGUUGACUAUAUUGUAUCCCCAAAUACUGUUUCUUCCCACAAGAAAGCAAAUUUUAGGAAUAAUGCACAGGCUAAUGUUUAUUUUCUCCUAGCUGCGUAAUUAAAAUAUAUUUAUAAUUGGGAAAUUAUGUAAAAAUACAACUGUGCAUCUAAUCUUUAUAAUUAAGAUAUUUGUAUGCAAAAGCAUAUGAAAGUACUGAUACAUUUUUUUCUUGCAAAAUGUCUGAGUUCUUCCAAAAUGUAAACCUGAGAUGUGUUACAAUCAAGUUAAACACAAGUAAUGGAAAACUAGAACAAGUAGAUGAACUUUUACACUUUGUUAUGAUUGUUAUUAAAAUGGGUAAAUAAGUGGAGAAAUUUUAAGACACGUAAAUAACAUUUAGAAGAGUUGUGGAUAGUGUGCAGUCUGUUUCAAGGAAUGAAGGUUUGCUGAAAGGAGCAAAAACAAUUGUGUAUAACAAUGUGCUUCUGCCUACUUCAUUAUGUGGAAGUGAGUUAGGUAUGUUAGGAGAAACCUAAGAGUUGAUUAUAGUGGAAACAGCUGUACAAGAUGUCUGCUAUAAAACAAAAAGUUUCAGUCAAUGAUUGCUGAAUGAAAGUGGAUUCACUUUCUCAGCAGUGAGUAACCAAUAUGAAAAUAGUAUGUUGAGAUGGUUCAGUGAUUCAUGUGGAGAACGAGUACUGAGUUACAAAUCAAAUAUAGGAAGGAGAUAGGGCCAAGAGAUAGUCCAAGGAAUUAGUGACUGUAUGGAGUUGAUAAAUUUUUUAAAGCACCAUCCAAGUCAAUGGGGAAGCCAGAUUCACUUAACAACUAGGUUACUAACUUAACUAUGAUUCACUUAACAACUGUGGCAAGAACAGUCGUAAAAUGGGGCAAAAGUCACUUAACAAAUUCUUACUUAACAACAGAAAUGGUGGGCUCAGUUGUGAUCAUAAGUUGAGGACUACCUGUAUUUUGUGCGAACCGACCACUUUUAAUUGAUCAGUGUGCUUUAGAACUGAUCUACAUCUUAUUUUAGGAAUAUAAUAGCUAUACCAGAAUGGGUGGCCAUUACUUCCACGAUCACUUUAGACUGAUCACUACAGUUCGAUCAGAGUUGCUUAAAAUAUGAUUCAAAAACACAUUUGUAUUUUUAUCAAGCAAUACACAUCACUACCUAAGGUCACAUAAGUAAUCUUUGUAUGAUGAUUAAUGUUGGAAACAACCUGACAAGAUCAAAACACAAAUGCUAUUUUCCGUGACCGAUUUCUUCACAGUCUUAUCUCAAAACUCCUAGAUUAAUUUUAUUAAGAGAGUGGGCAAGGCUUCAAAAGUCUCUUAUUCUGAAUAAAGCAUUUGUCCCAUGCAGUAAAGCAACUCACAUUUUCCUUGAGAAUCUUACUUGCCAAAAUGUUUGUCUAGAUAUGUACAAACUCUAUUACCAUUCUAAUAUAUUAAGAACCUCAUCUAUUUCAACUGUGGAGAAUGAAAUCAGUCAAAAGGGAACCUAAUUUUUUUUGUUGGGCAACAAAUAUCUCCUGUAGCCUUUCAUUAUCUGGUCUAUUCCAUUAGUCUUUCAACAAUCAGUUUUUGACUUCUGGUGACUACAUCAGCUUGGCAAGUUUUUUGGCAGUGGUUUACCUCUUUCCUAAAACAGAAAGAGACUGGCCCAAGGUCACCGAGCUGCCUUUGCACUUAAGACAGAACUAGAACUUACAAGCUUCUGGUACCUAGCCUGGUGCCUUAACCACUAUACAAAACUUGUUCUCUAUAUCUGUAUGCAUACAGCAAUAAAAAGAAAAAAAAAUUCCAUGGCAGGUAAAAUGGUAAAGAUACUUUUAAAAUGAACCUUGAUUCACAGGGCUCAUAUGAAUACAUUAUGUAGAAAACAUUUUCUUAGCAUCUGUUUUUUUCCUCUACAAUGCUCCUUUGCAUUCCAAACAACUGAGAACAUUUAAAAAACAGUAUUUUAAUGCCUAGGGUCAUUAAAAGCUAUACAGUACUCAGGCUAUGUCUCACUAGGCUACUGCUCAUCUCUGUAGAACACAGGUGCCAAAUUGAAUUGUGUCAUGUGACUUAUUGUGAUGGAUCUUUUUUGCCUUUGCGGAGCUGGGGUGGGCGUGGCCUGCACAUGAUGCAUCUAGCCCACGGGCUGCCAGUUUGACACCCCUGCUGUAGAAUAUUUUCUCAAAUGUUGUAGAAUGCCUGUUCCUAUCCAUAUUAAUUCCACAGAAGAAAACCAAUAUUUUUAAAAGGAUUUUCACGAUUCCAAUUUUUGUUUCACGUAUCACAUGUCUGGGAUAUAAAAAUGUAAAACUUAUUUUUUAAAAAGAUGCAUAGUUGAUUUGAAAUACUGAAUCUGCUAAAAAUGUGGACAUUUUUUUGUCCAAUUUACAUAACCACCCAUUGCACAUGGCUCUGGGUGGCAGACAAAAAAUAUGUGAAUUCUUCCAGUGGAAUAAAUUGUUGAGGAAUAAAGUCCUCAUCUACACCAUGCAGCUUAGCUAUGAUUAAUUAUACUUCUAGGUCAUUGCUUCAUCAAAGUAUCAACAUUUAUCCAGUAAGAGUUAUUUUGUAUUGAAUGCAUUUGGUGGCAUAUAAACUGGAUGGAAUAUCUGUAAAGAUGUUUUCUUCAUGUAAACACCUCUCCAAGCACAAACUAUAAUUCUGCACAACUGAUAUUGGUUGAGUAGCAUGUGCUAUAAUGUUCAAGUAAUGAGGUGCCUUUUUAAAUGAAACAAUACAGAUUACAUAGAUCACACUGUCUUUGUAAAUUCCAUGGCCAAGUUUAUACACUGUGCUAAACUUUGGUUGGCUGAAUAAACCAUAGACAGGGACUGAAUUCACAUAUUUAGACAUAUGUGAGCAUAGCCAAUCUCAUCUCUCUCUCAGGAGCUUCUGAUUUGAAUGGGUAACUGCACAGAUUAGUUUAAGCCCAUUCACAGCUGCUGUUGCUGCUGUAAUUCCAGCAGGAUCCAACAUGAGCUAGGCAACUAGGAUCCAUUAGUGUAUAUUCCUACCAGAACAUCAGUCACUGUAAUUUGGUGCUUUUCCCACUUUCUGGACUAUUAGAAUAAUCAUAUGUUGGAACAGUGUAUCAAAUUGAGAAGUAUUCUGGGCAAUAAUUACCACAUGAGAGCCAAUCUGGUCUAAUGGUUAAAGCACGAGGAUAGAAAGCAGGAAACUGAGUUCUAGUCCUGCCUUAGGCAUGAAAGCCACCUGGGUGAUUUUGCACCAGUGUCUCUCAGCCCAACUCGCCUCACAGAGUUGUUGUGGGGAAAAGGGGGAGGAGUGUUAGUCAUGCUUUACCACCUUGAGUUACUUAUGAACAUAGCAAAGGUGUGAUUAAAAAAAAAACCCAUUAAAUAAUUACUGAUGCCCCAUCAUCUCCAUGGAAGCCUAUAGGAGUCAAAAUGGUCUUCACAUUGAUUUUGCCUCCAGCUGCUUACAUGUAUUACCACUUGCACUGUGUACUGCUAAGCACACAUCGAUCACAGAGAAUUGCUGGCCUUUUAGAUGUUGAACUACAACUUUCAGCAUUCCUUAUGUUUGACUCAUAUCAUAGUAUGACAUGGGCAUGAGUUCUAGAAUCUAAGAACUCAAAAAAGAUUGUGUGAAACCAACGGUCUUUUACAUUAAUCUGUAACAUAACAUAAUUCUUCAAGGUUUCAGCUAAUGACUAUGAAUUUGUGUUUCUCCAGCACUGAGAACACAAGAGUUUAAAAAGUUAACUGUAAAAGAAUAGGGGCCUGAGUCUAUCUCCAGCUCAUAGCUUUCUGUGAAAUCAAGGCAAACACCAAGAAGAGGACUGAUGUGGCAUUUUUACUUUUUAAAAUUCAGAAGAGAAGCCUGUUUUAGAAGCAUUUAGCUUUCCCUGGUAUUCUGGAAGGAGAUAGUGUAUACCGAAGAAUCUCUUCAUUCUGAACAGAGAUUUUUAUUUUUGAGAACUUACUAUUUUCACUUCAGGAUUUGGAAGAUGUGGUUGAUUUAGAUUAAUAAAGGUGCAAUAUUAGAAUUAAAGAAGACAAGAUCUCUUCACAACACAGAAGUGGACUGUCUAUGGGGCUGAUGGGUACACAGUAUUUUGAAAGCAUGUAUCCUUUGAAUUUGAGUUUUCACAAAAUAUGUUCCCAUAAAUAUCUCUCUAGAAAAAGCUAGCAAGUGAAUGUAAGCCCUUCUCUCUUAUCCUGUCCUCCAUGCUUCUUAUCACACAGUUUACAUUUUAUUUUUGGACUCAUGCAUACUGUAAUUUUUUUUUACUGUUCUGAAAAAAAUUACCUAUAUGUGUUCAGAGGCAUUCUUGGAAAUAAAGUUGAAGCUGAAAGCCCAUGUUUUGCAUUUUUUAACUCUUGUAAUUUUAAUUAAAAAUCGAAUGAGACCAGAAACUUCAUAGACACCAAGGAAAAAUUCAUACACUGCAUAUAUUGGUAUUCACAAAAAAAUGAGAUUGUUGCUCACUCUUUAUGUGAGGUAUAAGGAAUCUUUUGGGAAAUAAUAGUAACUUCAUUUUCUAUCAGUUGGAAAUCUAAUUACUAGAUCUAAAAAUCUAGAACACUUCCUGUCUUUUCCACUAUAAGAGAUAAUACGUUCAACCUUAUGAAACCACAGAGAAAAAGCCAAACAAAAUGCAUAGGAUGUGGUAUAGAAAAGUAAUAUAAAGUAUUGUAUAGGAGGUAGAAAAGUAAUAUAAACUGAAAACUAUGUUGGAACUGACAAAAUCUAGUAUCACAUCCUAUUUUUUAACAUUCCUGAUUAUCUAAUACUAAGAAAGAUUUGGGUUAUGAGCCCAAUAGUUUCCUCCUGAUGGUGUUCCUUAGCAACCAAUGUUGCCCAAUGAUCGAAAUAUACAACAUAAUGACUCAUAGCUAUUGACAGCCUUAUUCCCUGGGAAAUCCAUUUGAAAACCACUUAAGACAGCAUAUUCUUUUUAUAUGAAGUAUUAAAAUAUUUUGUAUCAACAAUUAGAUGCCAGCAAAACAAACUAAUAAUUGAAAUAGGGAUAAAUUUUUAAAGUAACUUGGAGCAGAUAAGAUUUCCAGAUUUCUUUUUCUUUUUACAUGAAAUUCUCACAGUAGUAUUUGCGACCAAUGAAAAGACUACAGAGACCUAUUCCCAAAGGUGCUUUUUCAGGAGGCAGCUGGCUUCUUUCUUUGAAGACAUUUUGCUUCUCAUCCAUGCUAACAGCCUGCGCAUGUCUUCCACAGUGAAAGGACACAGGGCAGAAAACUUUCUGCAGCCAAGAAGGCUCCAACACUUUUGCACUGCUCAUAUGACUCUGAGGACACAGAUAAACCUCCAGUUGGCCUCAGUGACCCUUUAAAAGAAUGCAAAUGACCAAUUGUCUGCAAAGAAUAUAAAUCCUUCCAUUCCUCACCGUCCAGUUAGAGCAGAAGUCCACUGUCUCCUGAAAAAGCACCUUUGGGACAACUAUGACCUGGAUGACUGAGAAUCUCCACAGACUUAUAGAGAGCUAGACUACACCUAUUUGAUUUCAGUUAAUACUUGCUGCAUCUGUAGCAUCAUGAGCCUCGGUGGCACAGUAGUUAGAGUGCAGUACUGCAGGCUACUUCUGCUGACUGCUGACUGCAAUUUGGCAGUUCAAAUCCCACCAGGCUCAAGGUUGACUCAGCCUUCUACCCUUCCAAGGUGGGUAAAAUGAGUACACAAAAUUGUUGGGGGCAAUAUGCUGACUCUGUAAAACCACUAGAGAGGGCUGUAAAGCACUGUGAAGCAGUAUAUAAGUCUAUAAGUGUUACUAUCUCACUAGGAAACUGGGUGCUUGAAAAUCUGGAGAGGGAUACAAAUUUUAUCUCAUAUAGCAGUAUAGAUAGCCUUGAAUUUUUGUGACCUGGUUUUUACUUUCAGAAAACUCUCAUAUACACAUACAUAUACAAACAUGAAUUUCUUUACUGACCUUAAAGCUAUCUCCAUUUCCCCUUCCCCCAGGAUAUAUUUAUAUUAAUAGAACCAUAUAAACACAUCACUCCCCUACAGAUGUAUGUGGGAGGAAGGUCUCUUUAAAACAGCAUACUGGUGGAAUGUGGUAUGCAAAUCUGAAGACCACAUUGUCCAUCCAGUAGAAUCAAGGGAGAAAAUCUUUAGCUAAUUGUAUUUCAGGUUAUGGGAAAAAAUAACAUUUU